AUGGGGAAACCGAGACUCAAGUCUCAUUCGCCGCCGCCAACACCACCGGGUCGAACUAUCCUUCGAAUUGGUCAUCGCGACAUGAUGCGCCGGUAUUAUGAGAAAGCAUUUGAGGAUUUCCAGCAGCUCAACUGCCGGGCAAUCGCCAAAUCGUAUAUCAAGCUUGUGGAGCCUCGCAAACAGGUGCAUUUUCCAUACAAUGGACGCAGGGUUAUCUCAGGCGCCACGCAGCGCGUUGACCCCGAGCUCACCAAGCCUGGCUGGUGGCCUGCUGGGGUUCCUCAUCGUGAACCGGAUCAUCUGCUCAAGCGAGGUAGGUCAUGUCUCCUUCUCAACCAAUAUUCUACUCUGACCUCAAUGAUAGACCGCCUCCGGCUUCUGGUCCAUAUCCUCUGUGAGCUCAGAGACCGCCACGGGGUCACGGCGGAGAAACUGCGCGAAGCCGGGCAAGAUGUGCGACGUCAGAUCACACCGGCCAAUCGACUAGAGGUAUUGGACGAGAUUUACUUUGUCCGGCAGAUGGAAGAGCAAUACCUAGACGGCGAGAUUGGUAUGCCUCUUCCCUCAAACCCUAAUAGACCAAAAAAAGUAACGGGAGUAUUAGACGGUGAUACACUGGUACAAGUAGCCCAGACCCAUCUGCCCGAGGCCGCCCACCAGGACGUACAGGACCUACCAUCGCAUGCAGUGGUGGCAAAAGUCGAGGAAGAUGCGCAUGACCAUCACCACCGUCAGAGCAGUGUGUUGGAGGGGGCAGCAGCCCGUUGCAAAGGAAAACUGGUCAGAGGGUUCUUCCUCUCUCACCCGCCACUAGUCAGUCCAGUCCGCAUAGCCCACCUGCAGGCAGCUAUGGGGCCUAUCCCGUGGCCAUGCCACAACAGUCUCCCCGGUGCAUACCGCACGCCGACCCAGGGUACAUGA